AUGGCAUCAGCAAGCAUCAACAUGCCACGUGAUCCCAACACGCUCUCCAACUACAACAAUUGGAGAACAAAGCACACUAUUGCCGAUCUUGACAUUGAUUUUAAGCAGCAGCGCCUAACCGGGACAGUCACCUUGCAAUUGGAGAGUAUCACCGAGAAAGAAUCUGAAGAGAUCAUUCUUGAUACCAGCUUCCUCGAUAUUCAAGAGAUCAGCGUUAAUGGCAGUAAAACCGACCACUGGAAAGUUGCCGAUCGGUUUGAGCCAUAUGGCAGUCCCUUGAGUGUAAGAGUACCAGGUGGAGCCGCCAAAGGCACCAUCGUAGCAGUUGCUAUUGCACUUGCAACUACAGAGAAAUGUACUGCUCUGCAAUGGAUGGCACCAUCUCAAACAUCAAACAAGAAAUUCCCGUACAUGUUCUCUCAAUGCCAGGCUAUCCACAAUCGAUCCGUUUUCCCUUGCCAGGAUACACCAGAUGUGAAGAGCACCUAUGACUUCAAGAUCCGUUCUCCAUUGCCUGUUGUUGCCAGUGGUCUGGCAACUGGUGCUACUCUGUUCGAACAUGGAAAGGAUGACGAAUUAGGAACAUUACAAUACUCCUUCAAGCAAGAGAUUCCAAUGCCGUCUUAUCUAUUUGCUCUUGCAUCUGGUGAUAUUGCGACUGCUUCUAUUGGUCCACGUUCUCUGGUAUCUACAGGUCCCGAGGAGCUUUCGGAGGCCAAGUGGGAGUUGGAAGCAGAUACAGAAAAGUUCAUCCAGGUCGCAGAAAAGCUGAUCUACUCAUACAAAUGGACUCAAUACAAUGUUCUAGUACUUCCACCAAGCUUUCCAUACGGAGGAAUGGAAAAUCCAGUCUUUACCUUUGCUACACCCACUAUCAUCAGUGGCGAUCGUGAGAACGUGGAUGUCAUCGCUCACGAGUUGAGUCAUUCCUGGAGUGGAAAUCUGGUGUCCAACGCUAGCUGGGAGCAUUUCUGGUUGAACGAAGGAUGGACAACUUACCUUGAGAGAAGAAUCGGAGCCGCUGUUCAUGGUGAACCGCAUCGAGAUUUCUCUGCCAUUAUCGGAUGGAAAGCAUUGCAAGAUUCCGUGGCACAGUACGGAGAUGACCACGAGUUCACAAAGCUCGUCAUUGAUCUCAAGGGCAAAGAUCCCGAUGAUGCUUUCAGUAGCAUCCCAUACGAGAAAGGAUUUCACUUCCUGUACUAUUUGGAGAAGUUGGUUGGCAAAUCUGCAUGGGAUAAAUUCAUCCCCCACUAUUUCACAACCUGGAUGAAGAAGUCUCUUGAUUCGUAUGACUUCAAAGCUACGCUACUCGACUUUUUUGCUUCAGAUAAGGAGGCAUCGAAGGCGUUAGAGGCAGUAGAUUGGGACAGCUGGUUCUACAAACCUGGUCUACCACCAAAGCCAGAUUUCGACACAAGUAUUGUCGACAAAUGUUACGCUUUGGCGGAUAAAUGGGAGUCAAACGAUUACAAACCACAACCCUCCGACGUCGAAGGCUGGUCCGCAAACCAAAUCGUCGUCUUCCUCGAGAAGAUCCAACUUUUCAAGACCCCCAUUCCAGUAUCUCAAUCCAAGGCAAUGGGAUCAGCUUACUCUCUGACCAACACCCGCAACGUCGAGCUUUCUUCGCGUUACUUUGGUAUCGGCCUGACCUCCAAAGAUGAGAGUGUGUAUCAGCCUACUGCUGAGCUACUUGGCAAGGUUGGGCGCAUGAAGUUCGUUCGCCCUCUCUACAGAAAGCUGGAGAAGGUGGAUAGAGAAUUGGCAGUUGCUACGUUUGAGAAGAAUAAGGAUUUCUAUCAUCCUAUCUGCAGGGCUCAGGUUGAGAAGGAUUUGGGCGUGUGA